AACUGCGAUCGCGCGAAUGUGAAGUGGACGCUAUAGUUUUGUACCAAAAUCCGAAUAGAUAGAGACCAGAAUUGCCAGAUAGGAAAAGCAUGGGAGACGACGGCGCCGGCGGCGACGUAACUCCGUCCACCAACUCGACCAUCACUGUAAGUGUCAAGUUCGGUGGAAGAUCGAUUCGAGUUUCUGUCUCUCCAAACUCUACAGUCAUGGACCUCAAAUCCCUUCUUCAACCCCUCACCGACGUCCUCCCUCGAGGCCAAAAACUCAUCUUCAAAGGGAAGCUUCUGGUGGACGCCAUGACGCUGAGCUCAUCGGAGGUGAUGGAUGGGGCUAAGAUCAUGCUCGUAUCCUCUCAGGGUUUGCACCAAGGGAGCGGUCCCAUUACAAAGGAAGCCUCAAACUUGCCCAAUUUGUUGAGGACGGUUGAUGCUAGACAAAAGACUAGGGAAAAAAUUGAGGCUCCCAUUGAAAAGACCCAGGCAGAACGGUGGAAGGCUACUGGAGUCAUAGCACUGUCUGAGUGCAGCUUGAAGGCCAUACCUGAUGAAGUUUGGACUUGCGGAGCUUCUGCAAGAGUUCUUGAUAUCAGCAAGAAUUAUAUUCGAGACGUGCCGAAAAAAAUUAGCUGCUUGAGUUCUAUUCAGAAGCUGCUCUUGAAUUCAAAUGACAUAUUGGAUGAAUCCAUCAGCUGGGAAGGAUUAACAUUUCUGGAGUCUCUGACAAUUCUAUCACUGAAUCAAAACCAUUUGACAACGCUUCCUUCUUCAUUGGGUCCUCUGACUUCUCUGUGCCAACUUCAUGUUGCAAACAACCUGUUGAAGCAUCUUCCCGCUGAAAUAGGACUUUUGACUCAGCUUCAAGUAUUGAAAGCCAACAAUAACAGGCUAAGCACCAUUCCUACAUCUAUAGGGAGCUGUAGUUCUCUUACCGAAGUCGAUCUUUCAUCAAAUCUAUUGAAAGAGUUGCCAGAGACGUUUGGUAAUUUGCACAAUUUGAAGAUUUUGCAUCUCAGUAACAAUGGGUUAAUUUCCCUUCCUCCUACUUUAUUCAAGCAGUGCACUGAGCUUUCAACUCUCAAUCUCCACUGCACAGAGAUCACAAUGGAUCUCCUCCGUCAGAUUGAAGGAUGGGAAGAUUUCGAUCAGCGCCGCCGCUUGAAACAUCAGAAGCAAUUGGAUUUCCGAGUUGGGGGUUCUGCAGAAUUUGAUGAAGGUGCUGACAAACGACAUUAGCUCAUGUUCAAGUUACAAAUGCCAUUUUGUACAAAUUGUUGAUGCAAGCCUUCUUUUUUCUGGAGGUCAAGGAUGUGGGAGUUUUUCAGUUUUCCAAGUGUAGUUAAUCAUGUUUGAUUAAAAAGAGAUGAGCAGGGUGUACUGAGGUUGAAUAUUGUAGUUUUGUUGUAGCAUUUACCCAUUCUCAUAUCAAAUUCCUCAUUGAAUUUAGUCUAUACUCUGUUUGGGAACCCAUAUGUAGGCCUGCGGAAUUGAAUUUUGAAGGCCCUAAUACAGAUGCACAGUUUGGGUUCAAUUUUACGAA